AACACCCAAUUGCUGCUGCUGCUGCAGGCGGGGCAUAUUUCUGAGCUCAGGAAAGGGAAACUAACCUUGUUACACUGCCCAGAGGGAGCCAUGGCCACAGACAACCCCGUGGAAAGUCUCCGGGAAGAAGCUACAUGUCCCAUCUGUCUGGAGUAUUUUAAGGACCCUGUGAUUAUAGAGUGUGGGCACAAUUUCUGCCGAGCCUGCAUCGCCCAGUGCUGGGAGGGAUCCGAUACAGCCGCCUCCUGCCCUCAGUGCAGAGAAACUGUGCAACAGAGAAACCUCAGGCCCAACAGGCAGCUGGCAAACGUGGUAGAAAUCGCCAAACGGCUGAAUUUACAGGCAGCAAAAGAAGCAGGAGGAGAGAGGGUGUGUGGGGAACACAAGGAGACUCUGAAACUGUUCUGUGAAGAGGAUCAAACUUCGAUCUGUCUGGUUUGCCAUCUGUCCCGGGCUCACAGAGCUCACAGGGUGGUCCCCUUAGAGGAGGCUGCCCAGGAGUACAAGGAAAGAAUCCAGGCCCAUUUGAAGACUCUGAGGAAAGAGAGAGAAAAGGUGCUGGGACUGAAAGCGACUGAAGAGGCAAAAAGCCAGGAGUAUCUGGUAGGUGCCUGUUGUUGUUAACCUGCAGGGACUGGCAGUGGGAGGUCUGUCUGG